AUGGGAACCAGUAAAUCCGCUAGUCACUCAAAGACAAAGUCUAUGAGUAGGACGCGAUCUGUGAGUAAGACGAGGUCUGUCAGCAAUUACUCCCAACUGGAUCUGCGAGAGCACUUGAAUUGGAAGAAACUUUACCUUCGCCAACAGCUCGGUCAAAAGCAAGAGUAUCUCAUCCAAUUACAGAUAAACGAGCUGGAGGAGAAGUUCAAGAGAUAUCAAGUUGGGGAACUAGGGAGACAAUCUGAAUACAACUCAGACGAGGAUCUUGAGCCAUAUCAUCCAGAUAUCAUGAGUACCCCUUUUCCUUCGGGAUUCGAAAACUCGCAUGUCUCGUCGUAUGACAGAACCACUGAUAUGGUCUCGCAUUUAAACAACUUUAAUACAAUAAUGCGAGCGAGUAAUGUGACGAUCAAUUUACGUUGUAUUUUGUUCCCCACCUCGCUUGUUGGAGCAGCAAGCAGCUGGUUUAACAAGUUUACUCACCAUUCAAUAACUUCCUGGGAGCAGCUAUCCAAGGAUUUCAAGAAACAGUUCCAGGCUGCUAGGGAUAGACGACUCGAAGCGACCUCGCUAACCAAUAUAAAGCAGCAGCCCGGUGAGACACUUAAGGCAUACUUAAGUCGUUUUAGCACGGCUGCAGCUAGGGUUAGGAAUUUGGAUGACAGUACACAACUUAGCGCCCUUCAGGCGAGGAUCUCUACUAAUCCAUCAACUAUAGGGGGCAAGCUGUGGCACAACUUACAAGGUCGUCUAGUAAGAAACAUAACUGAGUUCAACGAAAGGGCUCAAGUAUUCGUUCGGAAAGAAGAAGCCCGAAAGGAAAUUAAUUUUUUGAAAAUAAGCUCGGGAAGCAAACCCAUCAACAUUUCAACAAGUACUGUUUCCACGAGAAUUGAUAACUCAUGUUCGAAGAGAAAGGACGGUUCUAAGGAACCGUCAGAGGAUAAAAAACAGAAGAAGCACGAUAAGUACGUGCCAGUGUAUACUAUUUGUACCGAGCUUAAUGAAACUCGAGAGAAUAUAUAUCUCGCACAUGAGCAAAAGGUUGCCUUCGGCAAGCCUGAGCCCAUGAGGAAUGCGAGGAGCAAAAGAGAUCCUAACAAGUAUUGUAAAAUCCAUAAAGAGAUUGGGCAUACGACCGAUGAAUGUCGCCAAUUGAAAGAUGAGAUAAAAAGUGUCAUCGCUUGA